AUGUCGGACGCCGGUGAUAGUACGCACAAGCGCUCCAGAUCUUCGGCAGCCCUCGCCUUGCUCAGGCGACGAGAAACUCGCGACGAAGAGUCGGGCUCCGACGACGCUCGCUCCACUGUCGGAGGCGCAGCAUCUCCCAAGCAGUCCAAGUCGUCCAUCCUGCCUAUUUCCCGCACCAUUUCGCACACAAGCAAGCUCUCCUUGAGCAGAACACCCUCUCAACAGCAUCGAUCCCAGCAGCAGCAGCAACCGCCGGCCACAAUGAAGCCUGUGGCCCCCGCUCAGGACAAGGUCCCCAGCCUCGAACAGUCCGUUCGGAAGUUCCGUGUCGUCGAGGCCCUACGCAACGGCGACACGGCUGCCAUUUCGAAAAUCAUUCGCGAGUCUGCCGACAGCGCCCGCCGCACCAGUAUCUCCUCGAAUGCCACCUCCGCCACCACUGCCCUCACAGCUCUUGACGAUACCACCGUCCUCCACCUCGCCAUUCAAUGCGCCGAGUUUCCCGUCAUCGAAUACGUCCUCUCUGAUGGAGCCGGCAUUGUUGAUGUCAACGAGCGUGACCGCGACGGCAAUACUCCCCUUCACGUUGCUGCCACCCACGGUCGCACCGCUGCUGUCAAGCUUCUCCUCGAGCAAAAGGACAUUAACGAAGCCCUCAUCAACCUCCAGGGCAAGUUCCCCAUCGAUCUCGCCAAGAACCCCGACAUCUUCCAACUUCUUCAGCUGUCGCGCUCGCUUUUUACCGACUCCAAAGUACGACAGGUCCAGGAGCUUAUCGCCAGGGGCGACUACGACACCCUUGCAGAGGUCCUCGAGGAGCCUCGCCUCAAGGCUGUCCUCGACAUCAACAGCCCCGAAUUCGUGUCCGAGCCCGUCACUCUGCAAACGGGCGGUACUUUACUCCACGAAGCUGCACGCAAGAAGAACAUUGCCCUUAUACAAGUCCUGUUGCUUCAUGGCGCCGAUCCCUUUCGCCGUGACCGCAAAGGCAAGCUUCCACAGUCCGUCUCCCACGACGAUAGUAUCAAGGCCAUUCUCAAAAAGUCCCCCGCCGCCGUGGCCGCUCAAAGAGGUAUCCAAGAAAAGGCUGUCCUUGGCCAGGCUGCUACUCAAGGCGCUGCCGCGGGCUCUGGUGGCGAGCUCGUAGCUGGCAAGGAAGCCCGCGAGAUGAAAGGCUACCUCAAAAAGUGGACCAAUUACCGCAAAGGCUACCAACUGCGAUGGUUUGUCCUCGAGGACGGCGUGUUGAGCUACUAUAAACACCAGGAUGACGCUGGCUCCGCUUGCCGUGGCGCCAUCAACAUGCGCAUCGCCAGGCUUUACAUGAGCCCCGACGAGAAGACCAAAUUUGAAAUCAUUGGAAAGUCUUCGGUAAAGUACACGCUCAAAGCCAACCACGAAGUCGAAGCCAAGCGUUGGUUCUGGGCCCUCAACAACUCGAUUCAGUGGACCAAGGACCAAGCCAAGGAGGAGGAGAAGCAGACGGCCAGAAAUGCCGAGCUUCUCCGCCAGGCCAAGGCCGACCCCAAUGCGCUAUCUGUCCAGGAAACACAUAGCGAGAGCGCAAGCAUCUCGGAUCGCCGGCAAAGCAGCUCGCAUCUCCCGUCGCGUUCCAUCUCAAGCACUAAGCUCUCCCCGCACAAGAACGACCUCACAAGAGCCAGCACCACUGGCAGUGUCGAUGAGGAAGAUGUUUGUGAUGCCACUACUGAUGGUGGAGCGUCGCGAGCUAACGACGGUCUUACUGUCAUUCAUGGAGAGGAAGACGAUGAUGACUAUGACGAACAGAGCGUGCGCCAAGAUCCCCGCGCGACCAAAGAUGCUCUCAACAUCACUGCACAGUCAGCCAAGCUGCAGCUAGAGACCAUGACGGGUGUUCACAAUGCUCUUAUGGCUGAACUAUCGCAGCGACCCGCCACACCGCUCUCCGAUGGCAAGGUCACACAGGCUCUGUCAACAUAUGAUGCAGCUAUUCGCAGCCUUACUGGCCUUAUUGGUGACCUUUUGAGAAUAUCCAAAGAUCGCGAUGCUUUUUGGAAAUACAAACUUGAGCGAGAAACGAAUAUGCGACAGAUGUGGGAAGAGAGCAUGGCUCAAGUUGCGCGGGAGCAGGAGAUUCUGGAAGCCCGUGUAGAUGAAUCGGAGAAGAAGCGCAAGCUCACCAAGAAGGCUCUCCGCGAAGUCAUGGAGGGAGGCACUCCUUUGGAUGGAACUCCGGUGCUAGAAAAGGCGCAAGAAGAUGUUCAGGUCGCCCCCACAUCACCGGGUAUUCGCAGUCUUACGCGGCAGAAGACUGCACUCGAUCAAGUCGCAGACUUUUCGGAUUCGGAUUCCGAUGAUGGAGAGGAAUUCUUCGAUGCGGUUGACUCUGGUGAAGUGGAAGUGGCUGAGCUUGCUGAGUCGCAGCCUACCGAGCCGCAAGCCGUCGUUUCGUCGAGCAUGGAUCUCAGCCCAUCCUUCAAGGGUUAUGAAAAUGGUAUCCGUCAUCGCCUCAAAAUGGACGCCGAUGACCGUCCCAAAAUCUCUCUCUGGGGUAUUCUCAAAUCCAUGAUUGGCAAGGACAUGACCAAAAUGACUCUUCCUGUAUCUUUCAACGAACCCACGUCCUUGCUGUACCGUUGCGGCGAAGAUAUGGAAUAUUCUGAUCUCCUUGACAUGGCGGCUUCUCGGCCCGACUCACUGGAGCGGCUGAUUUACGUCGCGGCCUUUGCCGCCAGUGAAUAUGCCUCGAGUAUUGGUCGUGUAGCCAAGCCCUUCAACCCCCUUCUUGGUGAAACCUUUGAAUAUGUUCGUCCCGACAAGAACUACCGCUUCUUUACUGAGCAGGUCAGCCACCACCCGCCUAUUGGUGCGGCUUGGGCCGAGUCGCCCAACUGGACGUACUGGGGAGAGUCGAAUGUCAAGUCGAAAUUCUAUGGAAAGUCUUUUGACGUUGCGCACCUGGGUACUUGGUUCCUCAGGGUCCGACCUACCAACGGCGGCAAGGAGGACUUUUACUCAUGGAAGAAGGUGACCUCAUCGGUCAUUGGUAUUAUUACUGGCAACCCUACUAUUGACCACUACGGUACCAUGGAGGUGAAGAACUGGACGACUGGCGAAGUUGCGAAACUCGAAAUGAAGCCUCGCGGCUGGAAGGUGUCGAGCGCCUACCAGGUUGCGGGCAAGGUUAUGGAUGCGGAUGGUGGAGUGCGCUUCAGCAUGGGCGGUCGCUGGAACUCGAAACUGUACGCGCGCCUAACACCGGGAUACGAAGCCAACCUUGACGCCUCCGGAAAGGGGAGCAGCGAUGAGAAGGUGCACAGUGGUGGCAUGACGGACCCGACGCGGCCCUACCUGGUGUGGCAGGCGAAUGAGCGACCUACAGGGAUUCCCUUUAAUCUGACUCCAUUCGUCCUGACAUUUAACCAUCUCGAUGACAAGCUUCAGCAGUGGAUUGCGCCUACGGAUUCGCGACUGAGACCUGACCAGCGUGCGAUGGAGGAUGGUGAGUACGAUUUUGCGGCGACGGAGAAGAACCGACUGGAGGAGAACCAGCGUGCGCGGCGGCGCAAGCGUGAGGAGGCGGGAGAGCACUUUACUCCAGCAUGGUUCAGCAGAGCGCGUUGCGAGGUAACGGGCGAGCAGUAUUGGCAGUUUAACCAUGAAUACUGGAAACGGCGUGAAAAGGCCGGACCGGACGGUGAUACAGCUACGUGGGCUGGCCUGGAACCCAUCUUCCAGGACGAAGAGCCAGACUCGGUGAAAGAGUAG